UCUCUUUUCGCUUCCUUGAGUUACUCAAUUUGUCAAUUUCUUUCCAUUGCAAAAAAAGAAAAACAUGGCUACCAUAGUAGGAGAAGCAUUACUGUCUGAAUCCGUUAACCUGUUACUUGACCUGGCAUCUCAGGAGGUCGUGAAGUUCAUCCGGGGAAGAAAAGUCUCUGAUACACUACUAACAAAGCUGAAGACAUCGUGUCUUGCCCUCAGCAAAGUGCUCAAUGACGCAGAGGAAAGGGAAAUCACUGACACAAAUGUCAGAGAGUGGGUUGAUGAGCUUAAGGAUGCUGUCUAUCACGCAGAGGACCUUUUGGAUGAGAUCGCUACUGAAGCUUUGCGGUGCCAGGUGGAAGCUGAUUUUGUAGCCUGUACGAGUAAGGUACGUAACUUCAUCUGUACUUCAUUUGAUCAGUUUGGGAGAAAACUAGAGUCAAAGAUACAAGAAGUCGUAGAUAAGCUGGAAUAUCUAGGUCUGAGAGAAGGUGUUGAAGGGAGAUCUUCCCAAAUAGUGCCCUCAACUUCUCUGGUUGAUCCAGAAACUAUAAUUUACGGUAGGGAUGAUGAUGAAAAGGCAAUAGUCAACUUGCUGCUCUCAAACGAUGUAGCAAGCAACAACCACCCUUGUGUGAUUCCCAUUGUGGGCAUGGGUGGGGUUGGAAAGACAACCCUUGCUCGGGACAUCUACAACAACCAAAGAGUCAUAGACCAUUUUUCCCUUAAAGCAUGGGUUUGUGUUUCAAAAGAAUUUGACAUUCCUAAGAUAACUAAAAAUAUUCUUGAGGCCGUCAGUUCACAAACAUAUAAUACCACUGACUUCAAUAUUAUCCAAACUAAAUUGAAGGAUUAUUUGAUGGGAAAGAAAUUUUUACUGAUUCUUGAUGAUGUAUGGAAUGAAAAAGGUGAUGAUUGGGAGCUCUUGAGUAUUCCCUUUAAAUAUGGAACAUCAGGAAGUAGAAUUAUUGUGACAACACGCAACGAAAGCGUUGUAUCGAUCAUGAGCCCUAUUCAAAUUUUUCAUCUUAAUAAAUUAUCAGAAGAAGAUUGUUGGCUAUUAUUUGCAAAUCAUGCCUUUGGAAAUGGAAACUCUAAUGCAUAUCCAGAAUUAAAAAAAAUUGGUGAAGAAAUCAUUAAGAAGUGUGACGGUCUACCAUUAGCUGCAAAAACACUAGGUCGUCUAUUGCACUAUAAAUUAGAAGUAGAGGAAUGGAAUAAAAUUUUGAAAAGCGAAAUUUGGAGUCUGCCUAAUGAUGGGGUAAUAUUCUUCCAGCUUUAAGAAUAAGUUACAAUUACCUACCGUCACAUUUAAAGCGAUGUUUUGCAUAUUUUUCGAUCUUCCCGAAGAAUUAUCUAUUCAAAAAGGAAGAACUUGUUCAGUUGUGGAUGGGAGAGGGUUUCCUACAACAACACAACAAGAAUGAAGAAAUGGAAGUUAUAGGUGCUGAGUACUUCCUUGAUUUUGUAUCAAGGUCACUUUUACAACGC